UGGGCUUAUAAAGAAUAACGAGACAAUGAAACUAAACGGGUGUGAAAAGAAGAAAAAUAAGAAGAGAAGAAGCAUGCAAAAAUAAAUGAAUGGAUUGAUAAAAAAAUAUAAAAAAAGGCUAAAGGGGCAAUAUAUAAAAGCAAAUGACUGGAUCGAAAAAGUCUCAAUAACAGCGGUUUUCUGUUUAAACGUUGCUUUAGAUCAAGCAAAAGAGGAGAAGCAUAAACAGAAAGAGAGAAAAGGGCAAAAAUAGUAUUAAAGGGAAGGGGCUUAACCCACAAGAUCACCACCUAGGGGAAAAGAUCAACACUGCUAUAGGGAGGUGAUCUUAUGGGGUGACCCCCAAAAUGCUUUUUGUCGUUAGAAAAAUAUUUCUUUGAUUGACGAGAAAAAAAGAGAAGUACCAGUCACUAAAAAAUAAAAAGAGAAGCAGCCGCAAGUAGUAAAAAAUCUGCAAUAAAAAUAUCAGAGUAAAAGGCACUUU